UCUGGCAGCCAUGUUGAGGAGGACGGCCAUCUCGCCACAUUUCGUCGAAGCUUCCCCAUCAAAGCGGACUCGUGGUUUGUCACUCAAGCUAAGGGAUUACAGGCGAUUAUGUCGACGGACGAUUUCCAAACCAAGUACGCAUCCUUUAUGGACGGACUAGUUAAGAAUACGAUAGCAGAAACGACCAACCUUUUCGAAACGCUGGUCGACGAAUUAAAGGCAGAGUUAACGAAGGUGAAGACGGAGAACGAGGCCCUGAAAACAACAUGCAGACAAAUGGCGGAUGCGAUUACCGUUGCGAGCGGUGUACGUGGCCGUCCGGGGACACGGGAUGGAGCCGUUCAGUGCGACCUUCUUUCUGGCCAUCUUUUGGUAAUUGAGCAACCAGAAGAACAAGACAAACAAUAUAAUGAAGAGGAUAUGGUGUACAUCCUGCUAAAUGACUACGACGUUGACGCCGCAAAAGAAGGAAAUUCAAACCUAUCAAUUGCACUUCCAAAUCACGAGGAUUCUGAACCCACUGUAGUCAGCAGUGACAUAUUGUAUGCAGUUGCAGGUCUACCACCAACCUCUGCUUGUGAAAAUGGAACAGAAGACCCCACGACCCAUCAAUGUUCAACUGAAGAGCUCAGAAAAAGCCAUUACACUCAAGUGACCACAGUUUACCCCACUUUGGAAGAGAAUCACAAUUUACACGAGGCACAAAAUCUGUCAAUAGAGCCAGUAAAUCAUCUUAGCCCACUUACUGCAGUAGGUGAUAAUAUGCAAAUGGCAUUUGAGCAACCAUCACGAGGUCAUGAACAAGCAGAAAAAGCAGAGGAACAGAAUGUCGAGCCAACGCUGCGGAACAUACAACAAGGAGAACAGAUCAAAUGUGGCUUGAUGGAAGAUAAGACCAAGUGUGAAACAGAAGGGCAAAUAAACAAAAACAGAAAACAACGAAAACAGCCCUCACAAAAAGUGAAACGCCUACAAAAGACCCCGAAGGAAACACGUUUGUUACCUUCAACUGAUGCUGAUGGUGCAUUACAUGAUGAAGUGAAGAAUCCACCUCCCAGCCAAAAUGCUUCAUUACCACAAGCACUGUCGCAUCCACCUGGGAUAUGUAGCAGCUCUGUAAUGCUCCAGGAUGCAUUGCUCCUCGUUGAAGCAAUGGAUCAGUCAAAGAGUGAAUCCUCACCACAAGAAAAGGCAACAGCCCAAGACCAGUGUACUCUCUCUGUUGCUACCUUACCUCCUGUGGUGGAAUCUCCAUUACUUACCCCAGCAUUGCCAUCACAGUCACCACCAACUGCCAGUAUAAGUGACAAGGGUACAGAAGAGGUGUCAACAAACCAGGCACUUUUUGUCACUUAUACAACCAACUCCAGCAAUUCUCACUCCCACCUUAGUGUUCCUACAGUGCACCAACAAAAACACUGUGUUGGUUCUUCCGGCAUUACAUCGACAUCAUUGUUGACUGCUACAGCAGGCAAAUCGCUUGAGCAGUGCGCUCCCCAUCCUCCGAGUGUAUUGGCAGAACCAUUAGAGACAAUGAUGGGCCCAGACCCCGCCCCCAAGAAAAUCUUUGUUUUUUCCAAAUCACCAUCCACUCAUCCACAAGAAACAAUUGCCCCGCUGUCACCAAACCAGAUCUCAGCUGUUGUGUCAACAGUUGCUGCUCAAAGCAAAAAUGAUGUUACCUCCACAACGGCUGCUCCCCGUGUUAUGUCUGACACAACAAUCAGCUCAACAGAACAAAGGGCACACCCAACACCGUGCAAAAAAAUAAAAAUAAUCAUUCACAGAGCUACAGGUCUUGUGGCAAGCCAACCACAAAUGUCUGAGACACUAGUUGCACCUAUCAACCAGAAUUCAGUGGAACCAGCUGUCACCAUGUCACCGUCGCAACACCCAAACACGGGUGCUCAAGUGACUUCCGAUAAAAAAGAAACCCCAUUGCCAACUGAACAGAUAACACCUUUGUCAUCAUCGCAGCACCCAAACACAGGUGCUCCAAUGACUUCCGAUGAAAAGGAAACCCCAUUGCCAAAUGAACAGAUAUCCCCAUUGUCAUACCCGCAACUGGAAUGUUCGUCGCAGCAAACGAGCAUUUGUGAAAGCUUAAAAGUAACUCCUGGGGAACAAGCAGGAGCAUUGUCAACUGAGAGUGUACCGAUAAACCGUUUUCCACUCGUCCCAGUAAUCAGACUGAAAAGGCUGCCAUAUCCGGCAUUGUCCACUGGAUCAUUUUUGGUUUCACAACUUUCUUCUCAUGAAAGGGAAUCAGAAGUUGUCCCGCCAGACAGCACCUCAUCUUUGACCAACGACCAGGCAUCAGAGCCAACAGUCUCUCCAGCAGAAGUGCCUCCAUUAUUAACCAGGAAGUGUUCCAAUUCAAAAGAAACUUUAAAUCCCUCUUCAAAAUCAGAGAAGGCAUCACCAUGCUCCACUUUGGAAGAGGCACCAGCCACUGGUUUGUCACCCAGUGUGUCUGAACCAAUCUUGGCGAAAACAACAAUAGAAUUUGACAAGGCUGAGUUGUCAGGUGUAUCUGACCAAGAAUGUGAAACCUGCACUCUGGAUGAGGAAAUAAUCGACGGUGCAGAGCAGGGCUAUUCGGCUACCGCUGUGCAAUUAACCCCCAUCACAAAGGACUUACCUGAACCUCAUUUACAAUCGAGCAAAACUCAGUUCAUUGCGCAGUUGGCAAUUUCACCUGUGAUUCAAGAAGCUGAAAAGGUACUAGCAAAUGAGUCUCCAGAUGCCCAAAGUUCGUGCGAAGGGACCAAUACCGACGGCAGGAGAAAGCUACAGAAAAAAUCCGUUUUUGCUCGUCUCGGAAUUCACCUCAAAAAGCACUCUCGUGCUAAAAGAGCAAAAACAAAAGCAGAGCCACUUACAGACAAAGCAUGUAUCCCUGAAAGUCCCAAGAAACCCAGAUUAGAGAAUGUUAGUACUACUGAGCAAGAUUCUACCCUUGAGUCGAGUCCUGUUUCCACAAAUAUAGCCAGUCCCUUAAGUCCUACAGGGCAACUAACAGAAAUCGAUUUUCUCCAAGUAAGUCUCAGAAAUCAACAGAGUACAGAUAUCAGUUACACUGAAAGGACGGGUACAUGUGAGCCUGUUUCUGUUAGCUCCCGAAAGCCAGUUGUAAGUUUGUGUAGGCUAUCUCUAAAAGAUACGAGAGACAGCACCUCAAUUAUUGCCCCACUGCCGCACACUGAAAUAAAUGUCGCCCAUGGAAGCUCAACAAAGAAUGCAUUGGAGUCUGGCAGUCGAACAAUGCGAGAUCCUAUUGAACGCCUUCCAAUAAACUCAGAAACGCCCUCUACAGCUGAAGAGUGUGCAAACAAACCAUUUGAAUCUACAGUCUCUCCAAAGUCAAGCUCAACUAUGCGUACAACUGACAUGGCAGAGACAAAAUUAGCCCAGCUGAGUCGCUCUACGUCCAACCAAUGUACCGAUAAUGCGUCCUCUGAAAAAUCGCGAGAUUCUAAUCUGAGUCCUGGGUCAGGUUUAACUAAAGGUAAACCGUGUGUUACUCAAACAACACUCCCUGCUGUGAUUGCUGGAAAGCCGAGCACAAAUAGAGAUGAGAAUAGCCCAAACAUGUUGAAAGUCAUUCCAGCAUAUUUAAGGUCUAAUACAACUAAAGAUACCAACACCCCUCCAAAGCCCAAAUUUCAACCUGAGAGUCGUAAAAGGUGUCUCUCUCCUAAGGAAAAUGCAAGUGUUAAAAAGAGCCUUCGAGACCAGUCUGCCCAGAAAAAGACUUCUGUAUCUCCUUCUCCUCCAAGGACGAAAUUAGCUAGCCCCAAAAAGUCCCCAUUGCCUGCCGUCGGUCAGAAUGGUUCCAGUUCAAUGAAAAAUGCUCAUUCUCAAUCUCUCAGGAGUGGCAACUUCUGUAAAGAAGAGAAAAGCGCAAAAGGAGAAUCCAAUUCGUCAUUAGGGAAAACCGCUUUUGCGAGUGCUCUGUUGCCAAAAUGGGCUACAAAUGAUGCCAGUUCAAGUAAAACUGGAGAAAGUUCUCCUAAGAAUUCGAGAUUCAGCCGAAAGUGUACUGUUCAAAAAAUUAAUGUGAAGAGGCAAAUUGCAAAUACGUUAUCCACAGCAGCAAUAUUGAACGCUGUACCAAAAAAUAAACAACCUAAAUUAAAGACAACUAAGCAGGUAAUUAACAGUCAUUCGAGGGGUGAAACGGGAACCAAAUAUAUUUCUCCCCGUAGAGUGCGAGCCAGGGCAGCACCGCAAGUCCGACCGGCAGCUGCUGUAGGAUCGCCGCAAUCUCGAUUGGUCAUUGGUAAGCGGCUGCUUAAGAACCAGUGCAAGGAAUGCGGUCGUGUUCUUAGCAGUAGUUCUGCUCUCGAAAGCCAUGUCAGUCUCCAUACCGGACACAGGCCAUACUGUUGCACGCUCUGCAGAAAGAGCUUUCCUGACGCCAAGGGUCUUAACAGGCAUGGCAGAGUGCAUCACAAGGGUAGGAACCAUAUCUGCCAGAAGUGUGGGAAGGGUUUUGUUUAUGGUUUUGGCCUCACCAAACAUCUCCAGAUGGUACAUGGGAAAAUUAAGCCCUUUGUCUGCCAGAUCUGCAACAAGGCAUUCUUCACAAAGAGAGAUGUGGAGACCCACAUACGCAGCCAUACAGGGGAGAGACCAUUCCACUGCCACUUGUGUGAAAAAAAGUUUGCCAGGAGUGUCGAACUCAAUGCGCAUCUGCGGUGGCAUCGUGGGGAGAAAAGACACUGGUGCCCGUAUUGUGGGAAAGGAUUUUUUGACCAGAACAACUUGAAAAGACACAAGUACAUCCAUACAGGAGAGAAACCACAUUCUUGCCCACAUUGCCCGAAGCACUUUACACAGUCUGGACACCUGAAAAAACAUGUUAAAAAUGUACAUAAAGUCCAAUGAGAUUUUUUAAAUGUUUCUUUCACUCCAGAUGUUUCUUAUGACAGGUUUUCUAUGAAAUAAAAGUCAUUCAUUAUUUUUUUUAAGUACUGUAUUUGUGCAUUGUAAUUGCAGUAUCUAUUAAAUAAGAACCGAAUGAGUUGAA